AUGGUGAAGACAGUCGUUGCAUUUGAUCUCUACGGCACAUUGUUGUCGACUGAGUCGAUUGUAAAUGAGCUGUCCAGAAUCUAUGGCGAAGACGAGGCCAAGGCGGUCGCCACACAGACAAGGCGAUACCAGCUCGAGUACACCUGGCGUAUAAAUAGCAUGGGCCUAUAUCGAUCAUUCUCUGAAUUGACCAGACACUCGCUUCGCCAGGCAACGGCAGAAGUUGGAUUGGAACUUUCCAAGGACCAAGAAGAACGCAUCCUUGAUGCUUACAACGGACUCGACACAUUCCCUGAUGCGGACGAAGGUCUCGCUGUUGUGUCGCAAACCCCUGCUCUUGAAGCGUAUAUUUUCUCCAAUGGUACCGUGGAGAUGGUCAAUUCUUCACUUAAAACCUCACCGUCUCUUGCCAAGUCCGGGGCGAAAUUCUCGGAGGCCAAUAUUGUCAGUGUCGACGGCCUUGGCGUGUACAAGCCAGAUCCGCGGGCGUAUGAACACAUGGCCGAGAGAGCCGGGUUGGCACAUCAGUUGCAGAGGGUCUGGCUUGUGAGUUCCAAUUCGUUUGAUGUUGCGGGAGCUGUUGCUGCAGGAAUGAGGAGCGUUUGGGUCAGUCGGCAGGGAACAGGAUGGAUUGACGGGUUGGGAGGUGCUCUUGGUGUUAGCCCAACGGCAGUGGUUGCGGGCGUUGACGAGGCUGUUAGAGAGAUUGUCAAGUUGGAUGGUUUGGAUGAGGCGUCACAUCCAACGCGUGGUUCCUGUCGGGUGUCCUCGGGUACUUGA